UUUCUGCAGACUUUAGCCUUCAAUUUUGUCACAAAAUCCUUCCGGGUCUGAAAUGAGGUGAUAAUUGGACUCAUUUAUUCUUGCCCAUGUCCUCAAAUCAGAAUUUACUCCUUCUCCAAUUUUUUCAGACUUAUGUUGACUUCUGCUCACUGCAAUACCAAGAAUACGUCAGAACGUUCUUCAGUGAUUUACUAGAGCAGGUGUGCCCUUUACGGAAGUAAGAAAAUGAAAGUUUUACUUUCUUCUUGGCGAGGCCAACGCGCAGUCCACAACUUUUGAGAUGAUACUACUUGUACAUCAUGGGAACUGUUGCAACAAUCACAACAUUAUUUAGCAUAUUAUUGGGGUUGUGUUUGCCGACUAAAAUCGAAGAUGGUCCAAAAGAUGCUUAUGUUUUGGUUGACUCUGAUGCUGCAUUCAACUGCACAGUGUCCUUACCUUGGGCUAUUCUUAUCUGGAUAAUGAAUGACGCACCUGUCCUUACUGUAACACCAGAACGACCAAUAAUCACAAGCCCUCAGUUUGGACAGCGCAAUUACACGACUUCACAAACAUUUACUUCAGAACUUAUCAUCUCAGCAGUGACAUUGCAAAACAAUGCAACCGUGAAGUGCAGUCUCCAGACUGAUGGGAGUCAACAGGCAAAUUUGUUUGUGCAAGUUGAAGGAACGUUAUUUUUUGAGAGCAAGAUUUCAUCUGUGGUGACAAACCGCAGCACAGACGUCAUCUGUAAGGCAGAAGGAUGGAAUCCUGAGCCAACUAUCACCUGGACAAUAAACCAAACAACUGUACAUUCAGAGAGAUACACCACCAUCAAGUCUCCACCUUCAGGACAUCUCUAUACAGUCGUCAGCACUUUAAAUCUCACCCUUAGUGCAGAGGCUGAAGUUACAUGUCUGGCUGCAAUAAAAGCACUUCCUCAGCCUAAGAAUGCUUCACUUUACAUCACCGUGAAACCAGUGUUUGACUCUACAGUCAAUCAAGAUCAGACCUGGUUAAUUGUUGCUAUCGUGGUGCCUAUCGCUGUGGUCCUCCUGCUUAUAAUACUCGCCAUUGUGAUUGCUUUCUGCAUGAAACGGAAUAAACACUCUGAAUCAAGUUAUCAAGAUGAAAUAAGAAAAAUAUCAAAGAGGAAAACUCUUGAGAAAACUGUAGUUGAUGAGAAAAGCUCUGGGCUGGAAAAUUUCGGAAUGUCUUCUGAAAGCGUGGAUGAUUUAAUCUUCCCUUCUGCUGCUCCUGCAACUAUUCAGGCAGACUCACAGUCCAGGAUAGAAAAUAUUUAUACCUUGAAGAUGCCAGUGGUUCCAGCCAGUAAUCUUGGAAGCCUGGAGCAAACAGUAAAUCAAUACAUGGCCAAUGUUGCUAUAUACCCACAGAAAACGAGACAUGUGACUGCAGUUUGACCAGAUUGACGGUGCCUUCGAGGACUUUGAUUGCUUUAUGGCUCUACCUACAUUUUGUGCACACUACUUUCUUCCAUUAGAAAUCAUGGCUACUGGCAAGCAUUUUGAAUGGGCAGAGUCUUUGACAGCAAGACUCAUUCAUUAAUGGGAAAAAAAGAUUGAUUGUCGGAAGGGGGGUUGAGUUGCACGCAGAUCGUGAUUGAUCAAAGCGGCGUGGACUGAGGCAAUUUGAUACAAAUGAAAUUAAACUCAGGGUUGGAGACUUCUAUUUUCUCCCACAGGGCAUUUUUUCCAAAUGACGGAAAAGCUGUUUCCUAUUACCUUGUGCUCUUUGGAGUAUCACUUAUUUAAAUUGCCCCUGAGUCACAAUGUGCCAGUGCCAGUAAAAGGGAUUGUCAUCAGUUUUCACACUUCCACUCCCACCUUUAAUUCCGCUGUCCCCUCUCUGUUACCAUGGAGCUUAUUUAAUACCAGGUCACGGGUGAGCUGGCCCUAGUUUCAGGGAAGCAUUGAGUAAUUAAAGGCGUCUUAUUCUGUUUGGCUGAAAACGUUCACAAUCUUGUUUGUGUUCCUAAUUUAUGAGCCCCUACACUCUAUCGUCAACAACCACAGCUCUGCGUGACCUACUGCUGAGUUUCAUACCUCUGUCCUAAAAUCAUAUUGGUCAUUAUUUAAACUGAUAGCCAACCCUGUAACACUGUCUGCCUUCAGCAUCUCCCAGGGCUGUAACCUGGGUGAACAGAACAUUAUCCUUUCUGUAAGACUCUCAUUCUAUUAAGCCCACAUUCACAAAGAGAGAAGGAACUUGCAUUUAUAUAGUACCUUCACAAUCCAGGGCAUCCCAGAGUACCUUUGAAGCCAAGUCUCUGUUGAAAUGUAGGAAACACAACAGGUAAUUUGCCAACUCAAGCUGCCCCACGGCCAGCAAUCUGAAAUGAUGAAUAAUGUCGAUUGAGAGGUAAAUAUUUUCAGGACACUGAGGCAAUCUGCUCUGUUCUUAAAAGCAGACAGUCAGCUCUAUCAAAUUACCCUGUCGCUAUGGACUGUGAUGAACAUUUAUCCCAGGGGUUCUGAGCUAAAAGAUUUCACGCCUUGUUGAUGGCCUGUACUUCUGAUAGUUUGGCUACGUAUGGCCAUUGUUAUUAUUGCUGCUGCGUCCAUAUUUUCUCCUGAAUGAUUGCACGGUUAAUAAACAAUUUUUAUACCAUUGCUAAA